AUGUAUCUGCAUGUCUAUCAGAUCUAUGCCGAGUCUGUAUAUCGAUCUAUGUAUAACCUGUAUAAACCUACCGUUCCUCGACCUGCUUUUUCUUCUCCUUUCCUUUAUCUCACCCUCUUCAUCUUUAUCUUCAUCUUUAUAUCUUUUUAUCUUUAUCUUUCUGCCUUCGUCGUCGCCAAAAACUGUGCAGACCACAUGACCUUUUCCCGAUCAGGCAAAAGUAAACAUCAACUCCUCGACUUCAACUUCAACUUCGACUUUUCGCUUCUUCUUCUCGUCUUCCUCUCUUCGUCUUUUCGUCUUCUUCCUCCUCCUCUUCUCUCCGUCAAAUCCUCUUUGCUGCCGCGUCGUUCUUCUUGUCCAGCGUCUCCGCCGGCUCCAACCCUGGCUGGGUACCCAUCAGGUCGUCUCCGCCGUUGGGUUGGGCGAACCUAA